UUCGUCUACCAACCUGCAAGAUGAUUGGAAAGUUCGUCAUCCUUUUCGCCCUUGUGGCCGUGGCCAGUGCUAGUGACUUCUCAAGCUUCUCUUACGGCGUAGCGGACCCUUACACCGGCGACUAUAAGAGCCAGAUCGAGAGCCGCGCCGGAGACAGAGUCCGUGGCCAGUACUCCCUGCUCGAUGCUGACGGCACCCGCAGGACUGUAGACUACGCCGCCGGUGCUGAGGGCUUCAACGCCAACGUGAGGAAGGACCCUGCUCUUAUCCCCGCCGCGACCGCAGCCUACGCCGCACCCGCCUACCCAUACGGAUACGGAUACCCUUAUGGAUACAACAACCUCGCUUACGGAUACAACAACCUCGGCUAUGGAUACAAUAACGCAGCUUACGGAUACGGCGCCUAUGGAUAUGCCGGACCUUACGCUUUCAGACGAUUCUACUGAACAAACAGAUUGUAAUAGAUAAUACCUUACUGUAAAUAAUGCUGUUUAAAUAAACUAUAAAGUUUA